AUGAAUCGAAAGCUUCAUGUUGCACUACUAUCCCUUUCUCUUUCUCUCCUCUCAAGUCGACCUCUCUCCAGGAAAGGCUGUUUUCUUUUUUUUUCCCACCGUCCCGCCCCUUUUCCAACCCCACGAGGUGGAAAUGCAGACGAUCUGAGUCUGCAAGAAACUCCCUUUCGUAAAGUUCUAAUUGGUUCAAAAAUAAAUAUAAAAAGAAAAUAA